AUGAUUUGCCUGCUACUUCUGACCCUUCCCCUCCUGGGAAACUCAGUCCCUCUGAAUCAAGUAAAGAAAGAGGUUAAGAUUGUUGGGGGCAGUGAUGCCCAGGAAGGAGAAUGGCCAUGGCAGAUCAGUCUGAGGAAGAAUUGGAAUGGUUUCUGGAGACACUCGUGUGGGGGUUCUCUCAUUCACCCCAGUUGGAUUCUGACUGCCGCACACUGCAUUGUUACAUCUAAAAAUGAACCUUCAGACUUUAUGAUCCAAUUGAGACAACAGAAUCUAUAUGAAAAUGACCACCUGUUGCCCCUGGAAGAGAUCAUCAUUCACCCUAACUAUAAUAAUCACUUGGAAGGCUUUGACAUGGCCCUGCUAAAGCUCCAGUCCCCUGUACAACUGAACAAGACUAUCCAAAUCAUCAGACUCCCUGAAGCCUUCCAGACCUUCACCCCAGACAUGGAAUGCUGGGUGACUGGCUGGGGGAACAUUGAAUCUGGAGUGCAUCUGCCUUCUCCCUACACCCUGAAAAAGGUGCAGGUCCCUGUGAUGGAUGCCCUUACCUGUGACCACCAAUACCAUCUGGAUUCCUCCGUUCCUGAAUCUCAGAGGAUCAUCCUUGAUAACAUGAUCUGUGCUGGUAGAGCUGGCAAAAAUCCCUGCCAGGGUGACUCUGGGGGAGCCCUGGCCUGUAAAGUGCAGGGCUCCUGGCUCCAGGCUGGAAUAGUGAGUUGGGGAGAAUUUUGUGGUGGUUUCCACAGACCUGGAGUCUACACUCGUGUCACAGCCUUUGUGGAUUGGAUCAACCAGCACAUCCAGUGA